AUGGCUGAGGCAAGGCAGGCCGCGCGCCAGCAGGACCAUUAUUCCACACUACCAUCCAUACGCACCACCAUGCCCAUCCGAGCAAUCAUUUUCGACCUCCUCACGGCCCUCCUAGACAGCUGGACUCUAUGGGACAAGGCAGCAAACAACGACUCCGCGCAAGGCUACAAAUGGAGAAGAAGAUAUCUCGAGCUCACCUUUGGGUGCGGUGCAUAUCGGUCUUACGAAGAUCUCGUCCGAGCAGCAGCUAGCGACGUUGGUCUUUCAGAGACAGCGCCGAAUUUCUUGCUUGAGAAGUGGGAUGAUUUACAGCCGUGGCCAGAAGUCAAGGAAACUCUCGAUAGACUAAAAGCAAAGGGAUAUGCGUUGGGCGUAGUGUCGAAUUGUUCGGUUGAGCUAGGCCGUCGCGCAUUACAGAGAUGUGAGACGAGCCCCAAGACAUUCGAUGCAUUCAUCACUGCUGAGGAAGUCGGAUUCUAUAAACCUCAUCCAGAUACAUACCGCUCUAUUCUUUCGGCUCUGAAUGUGAGGCCGGGUGAAGCCAUUUUUGUCGCUGGCAGCAGCGGGGAUGUCGUUGGGGCGGCGGCUGUUGGGAUGCAGGUUGUCUGGCACAAUCGGAUUGGAUUGCCAGCUUUACCUGGUUCUGCGCCGUUGGUUGAAGCGCGAUCUUUGGAUGUUGCUCUGAAAGCGCUGGAGUAG